AUGUUCCCGGCCAUGCGCCUCGCGCGCCUCGCGCGCCUCGCGCACCUCGCGCUGGCGCUGGCGCCGGCCGCGGCGUGGCCAAGCGACCCCCCCAGCUUCCCGCAGUUCCCAGGGCGACAGGUCUCCGUGCUGAACGGCACCUGGGACUUCGCCUUUUUGGGGGACGUAGCACUGGAGGAGAUCUCCCAAGAUGCGGAGUGGCAGAAGGUGUCCGUGCCGGACGCUUUCGACCUGCGAGGGUUCACGUGCCGAUGCGAGCCCUGCAGCUGUUGCGACCGGUCUAUGGGCCACCGUGGGCGCGCAGAGUGCUGGGGCGACCGCCGAGAGAUGGUGGGGGGUGUCUGGGUCUACGAGGAGCACCCGGAGGCGCAAUUCGAGGCGUGCUGCCAGCCGGAGCCCCUCUACUUGAAGAGGGGCGUGGCAAUGUAUCGCACGCAGCUGGAUACUUUGGGCACCGCCGCGCUGUUGCUGUUCGGAGGCUGCACGCUGCGAUGUGUGGUGAUGGUGGACGGCGUCGUGCUGGAAGACCACGCCGGGCUGUCGCCCUUCCAGGUGGAAGUCCCAGCCGGAGGCGGCGAAAGCGGCGCGCGGACGCUGCUGGUCAUAGUGGACAACCGCUUUGGGGAAACGCACCCAGUGCACCAGCCGAAGUAUGACUGGUACCAGGCCGGCGGCAUCAUUCGCCCCGUCCAGUUCCAUGAGCUUCCAAGCAAGGAGCCGCUCUACAUCUCCUAUGUCCACGUGUAUCCUCGAUCCCUCGCCACGGUGGACGUGAAGCUGAAAACUUCUGGGCCACUGGAUGGAAUUUCCUUGCGGUGGCGCUUGGAUGAUGAGAGCGGCUGCCAAGAAUCGUUGGCUUGGCCGGAGAUGGCGCCGGAAGGUGCUGCUGGUCUGAGGGUGCCGGAUGCGGAGCCGUGGUCCCCCAGCAGCCCUUCGCUCCGGAGACUCAGCGUUGCCAUGCUGCGGGACACCCAGGUGCUCGACUGCAUCUGCGUGCGCUUCGGCCUGCGCCGAGUGGAAGCCCAGGGCCACCAGAUCUUGCUCAACCAGAAACCCGUGAAGCUCUUAGGCUUCAACCGCCACGACAUGAUCGACUCCCCGGUGAUGACCUAUGAUGAGCUGGUGGCCGACGUCGAGAUCCUCAAAGAGUUGGGCGCCAACUUUGUCCGCGGUGCGCACUAUGCUCAGGACCAACGAUUCUUGGACCUUUGCGACGUCUACGGGCUGCUGGUUUGGGAGGAGGUUCUGGGCUGGCAGAACACGGCCUCGGACUUCGAGAACACGCUCUUCAUGGCGCAGAGUAUGCGCAUGGCGACUGAGCUGGCGCUGGCUUCCGGCAAUCAUCCCUCGGUGAUCUUGCUGGGUUUCUUCAACGAGGGUGAAUCCUUCGACCAAAGCGAGGCCACGACUGUGGCCUACCACGCCAUGGCGCAACACCUCCGCAGGCAUACUGGAAACACACGACUGAUCGGGUAUGGCUCCAACCAUGCUGGACAGGAUCAGCAGCUGAAUGCCGUGGAUGUCUAUGCUUUCCACCUCUACUUAGCCUGGUACCCAACAACGCAGCCAGCAGAUGCUGAGGACGUGGAAGGCAUCCCCGGUAUUUGGGACCAAGUCCGGCAGUGGUCGCUGCAAGCUGGCGAGAAGCCAAUGCUUAUCACUGAAGCUGGGGCUGGCGGGCUCUUUGGCCACCACACAGACGGCAAGUGGAGCGAGGAAUACCAAGCUCGAGUCUUGCGCAGCCACCUGGAAGCUGCAAUCCACAACCCCCAGAUCGCAGGCGAGGAUCAACUUUUGACGGGCAACUUUCAGCCUUCAAAGGACCCAUGGUGAAUGUGUAUGUCCAUGAACCCUGGUGUGAACCCCUACUUCAUGCGUCAGCCAACCGCAUCGCCCUGUGGCAGUUCGCGGAUAUCCCCAUCGACCGCUCUGUGAGCGACGAGCAGCACCGACCACGGGGCUUGAACAACAAAGGUGUGCUCAGUAUGCACCGCAAGCCCAAGCUGGCCGCAUCUGUGGUCUCGCAACUACUCCAUGAGCAUCGCUAGCCGCGUGGCACAAACCCGACGCGCACGACAGCCAUGGUGGGAUCGGCGGAGACAGAAGGGGCAAAGGUGGAACGAGGCGAAGGCCGCAUUCAUGCAGCUCAUGGAGAAGUUCCCAGCUGGCCGCCUGCGCGACCAAGAUCACAUGGG